GUUUAGAAACCCCACCCUCCGCACGGACUGUCAGCGCACACGUACGAGUGGUUCGAGGUCCUGACGAGUGAGCACCGACCUACGGACAGGAGCGUGAUGAGACGCGCUGAUGGAGGCACAGUUCCGGUGAACCACCGACUGUAACAGCGGGACCACCGGGCGGCACCAGGCCACGCGCUCAACUCCGACGAGGAACUAACGGAACCUGUUUUUUCUUUCAUGCGCGCUGCUCCCUGGGAAGUGGAGCCGAGCAGGUUUGCUGCGCUCUUCCUGUUACUAAACUAAACUACUUUUUUUUUUUUUUUUACUUUUUAUAAAACCGCAGCUCGUUGCGUGCUUUCUUGUAAUCAUGGAUACACACGCGCACUGGGAUGCGGGAGCGCAGCAGAGUUGCGGGCAGACGCGGUUAUUGGAGGUUUGGGUUUAACGCGGACUGGCCCUGAAACUUGUCGUAAAACUCUGGUUGGCCGGACUGAAUGCUCCUUUCCUGCUAUUCUUCUCCGCUUCUCAGCGCUUCCUGCUUGUGGUGGCCACUGCACUUAAUGGCUAAAAAUACAUAAAACUCAAAAUGGACAACCCAACGCUGUGGGAAUCUUAAUCUGGAAGUUGCAGCAAUCUAAGUACUUCCCAACAAGCUUUGGGCUACUUUAUUUUCGUCUUUAUACUUUUGGUCCUCAUAAUCUCAACUCAACAGGUGGCAAUUUUUGCAUGAGGUAUGCCACUGGCAUAUUUGCCCAUAGUGAGGUGAUUCAGAAGCCUCUGAAGUACAGGCCGGUGAAAUGAUAAUGUGCUCAAACCAUGUGUUGGGGAAACCACACACCACAUCACUCACACAGAGAGAAAUUCAGUGGCGAGCGACCAUGCUGCCUUUCUGAGCUUUGAUCCACUGCAAGAAAACAAGAGCGGUCUCUCGGCUGGUUCUGCAUUUUCAAAUGUAGAGGUUUGCAACUCACGUGAAGACGAAUGAAAGACACUUGCUGUUCAGUUCUCUCUGAAUCCUCUCCUGUAGCCCACUUGUCGGUCAAGCGCUUGAAUACAUUUCACUGGUCCCUGAUGAACCAACAAGAAAGACAGGAAAGGGAGCGAGGUUCAAUAAAGUACUCCUUUGUACUUUAUUUUCAAACCCUUCGGGUGCAAAAUCGGAUCCAGUCAAAACAUCUGCGUGAGGCUCCAUGGAGCCACUGAAGAACAUAUUCAGCCGUAGCUCACUGACGAACUGGAAAAAUUUGGAUCAAUCACAAAAAGGGAACUUCACCAAUCCCGUGUGGACAGCCUUAUUCGACUAUGAGGCGUCCUGUAAAGAUGAGCUCACCUUGCGCAAAGGUGACCUGGUGGAGGUCCUCUCUCUGGACUCUGAGAUAUCAGGGGACGAGGGCUGGUGGGCGGGCAAGGUCAACAACAAGGUGGGCAUCUUCCCGUCUAACUAUGGCUCCUUCAAGCCAAGUGGAUACGGGAAACUUCCAGUUAGUGGCGUUGUCAGCGAGCUCGGCCCGGCCGUGGUGGGCGAGUUCGAACCUGAUGUGCUGGAUUUCCGGGAGCUGAGCCUGGAGGAGGUCAUUGGCGUCGGUGGCUUCGGGAAGGUUUAUCGUGGUGUAUGGAGAGGCGGGCUGGUGGCCGUGAAGGCAGCACGCCAGGACCCCGACGAGGACAUCAGUGUGACGGCCCAGAAUGUGAGGGCGGAGGCCCGUCUGUUCGCCAUGCUCACGCACCCGAACAUCAUUGCCCUGAAAGGUGUCUGCCUGGAGGAGCCCAACCUGUGCCUCAUCAUGGAGUAUGCAUCAGGUGGCCCGCUGAGCCGAGCGCUGGCAGGGCGUCGCAUCCCGCCGCACGUCCUGGUCAACUGGGCCGUGCAGAUUGCCAAAGGGAUGUUGUACCUGCACAGCGAGGCCAUUGUCCCCGUCAUCCACCGAGAUCUCAAGUCCAACAACAUUCUCCUGGCUCAGCCCAUAGAGAACGAGUGCAUGGAGGGUCUGACGUUGAAGAUCACCGACUUUGGCCUGGCGAGGGAGUGGCAUAAGACCACCAAGAUGAGCACCGCCGGCACCUACGCCUGGAUGGCCCCGGAGGUCAUCAAGUCCUCCACCUUCUCCAAGGGCAGCGACGUCUGGAGCUAUGGUGUUCUGCUGUGGGAGCUGCUAACAGGAGAGUCCCCGUACAAAGGAAUUGACGGACUCGCUGUCGCCUACGGAGUCGCCGUCAACAAGCUGACGCUGCCCAUCCCUUCCACGUGCCCCGAACCCUUCGCUCAGCUCAUGUCAGAGUGCUGGGACCAGGACCCCCACCUGAGACCCGACUUCUGCUCCAUCCUGGCCCAGCUGACGGCGCUGGAGCAGCAGGUGAAGGAAGAGAUGCCACAGGACUCCUUCCACUCCCUGCAGGAGGACUGGAAACUGGAGAUCAAGGACAUGUUUGAUGAACUCCGGGCUAAAGAGAAGGAGCUGCGGUGCCGCGAGGAGGAGCUGAAGCGAGCGGCUCUGGAGCAGAAGUCCCAUGAAGAGUUCCUGCGGCAGCGCGAGCAGCAGCUGGCCCAGUGGGAGCAGGACGUGUUCGAGCGCGAACUCAGCCUCCUCAUCCACCACCUGAACCAGAACCAGGAGAAGCCCAACGUCAAGAAGAGGAAGGGCACCUUCAAGAAGCACAAGCUCAAGAGCAAGAACGGCGAGAAGAUCAGCAUGCCCCAAGACUUCAUCCAUAAGAUUACAGUGCAAGCAUCCCCCGGCCUGGAGAAGAGGCGGAACUCUCCUGAUCUGGGUUCAGGCUCCUCGCCCUCCUUCGGCCCACGUUUCCGUGCGAUCCAACUCAGUCCCAGUGACAACAGCAGGUCGUUCGGGCUGAGCCCAGUCUGGCCUCUCGAGGCGUCCUCUCUCAAACAAUCCAAUGGAGACCUGAGGCUGUGCCCCCACUGGAGGCCCCAGAGCCCGAAAAGUCCCAAAAGCCCCAAGGUGCUGCGCCUCAGUCCACAGGAAAGCAGUCUUUCGAUGAGAGCCAAGCUCCUGGGGUCAGACAGCAAUGAGAACGGAGAGACCAAGGAAGACUUUGAGGAGUACAGACCCUCCACCCCUCCCACUGCACAGAACGGCUCCUCAGUGAAGAACAGCCUGCGGCUUCCUCUACCUCAGGGAGACUCGGGCAGCGAGGAAGGUGGCUCCUCCCCAGCUGGCUCCCCCAGGCCUGAGAGGGGUUCCCACAGUGGCCUGAUUAAGGGCACGCACCAGGCCCUGCUCGGGGGUGCCUCCCUCCUGGCCUCAGUAGGAUUGGGUCGCUGCCUUGAUAUGCCACCAAGGGUGCCCCCUCGGACUAACCCCCCAUCCCUAGAUGAACGCACCACCUAUGAACUGGAGAUCUCCUCCCCUAAGCCCCUCAUUUCAGACCCCCCAGUAGUGGACGAUCUCAUCUCAUUGUCCACCUCUGAGCCGCUCCCCAGACCGCUCCUGGAUUUAGCGCUGCAGUACCAAGAACUCAAGCCCUUGCCCCUGACUCCACCACCGCCAAACCGGCGCGAGAGGAGUGGCCACCGGACGCCGCACAGUCCGCAGAGCCCCAGGACCCCCCUGCCGCACGACAAGAGCAGCCCAGCGGAAUGGACCCUGAGUUCCAAUUCUUCCAACGGGGAGACCAGCUGUGAGGCCUGGGAGCACAGAGCUGACAGGAGGAGGAGGUCCAGCCAAGGCCUGCACACCUCCCAGCUAGUUUUGGACCUGCCCUUCUGCCAAGACACACAGGACUCCGAGGAUAAACCUUCUGUGCCCUAUUCUCUCCACCCCAACCCUGCCCUCUGGAGCCCCAAAACCCGCCGCCUGGAGGUCAGCGUCAUCCCCCGGCCCCGCCCGUCACCCAUCCGGCCCCGCAUCGACCCCUGGAGCUUCAUCUCGACUGGCGGCGGGAACUCAACUGUGGGCCGCAGUCCUAUCCGCUCGGACAGCAACCCCCUGGGCUAUCAGCCUUCCCCUACAAACCCGUUCACCAACUGUGACCCGUUCCCAACACCGGACUGUGAUCCAUUUGCCCUCAAAGCUGACCCCUUGGGCGACUCGGACACAGCUUCAACAUUUGACCCCUUCUCAACUCCCUUUCACACAUCCCGCUCCGCCCCGUGCUCCACCAACUGCUCGCCCACGUUGCCCUCAUUCCGCAUAGUCCCCCUCAACCCGGCCGACUCGCCCCUGAUUGACCUGGGCUGGGCGGCCUGCAGCAAGCCCCUGGAUGGCACCAAAGAGAGGGCUCACCCCCGCCGGACAAUGGGGCUCAAGCCCUUCAAGUCCCCUACUCAGCUCAGAGAUGACCGGUUCUAAACAAGGCCUAGUCUGUUGGCUUUUGACCACGUCUCCCUUCUGAGUGUUAAAAAGUGCAGUUUUAUCACAGGAACACAGACCAGGACUGAUUCCACUACUUUGUCCUACAUCUUAAAGGAAAGGUAAACCAAUAGCUGGUGCCCAUUUCAUUCUCCCUCUCUAUCUCUGUUUCUCUAUCCCUUUGAAGGAGCAGACCACAGAUCACUAGUUCCAUCUUCCGAUCCUAUCAAGACUGCUCAUAUCACCUGCUUUCAUCACCCCCUACCUUUGAAGCAUUGUGACAAUGCAGAGGUGGAUAAGGCGACUUGCACGGCUUCAUCUGUCUCUACCUCUCUGCAGACUGAAAGCAUUCAGGACAAUGAAAAAUUGGAGUGCCUUAUUUCAUGAAGUGUUUUUAAUAUAUAUCUUUUCAAGGUUCCUUGAAUGGAUAAUCGGGUGCGUAGGGAAGAUGCUUUGAAUUUGGUUUAAAUUUGCAAAUCAGCUUAGCGUUGCUAUGGAAGAAAAUGCCGUCUCCAUGUGUGUGCGCAUGUAUGUCUAGACUCAUUGUUCAAGGAAAGCUUACUGUUGUUGUUUUUCUUUAAACAGUCUGCCCUGUUGCAUUAUGGGAGAAAGCAUGGGAGUGGAUAUUCUAGGCUGCUCAUGCAAUCCAAGACAAAACCAUGACUCAGGCAUUCCACUUGGAAGCAGAUAACAUUCCAGUCACAUUCCACGGGAAAUGCCAGGGAUUGGAUAGAUUCAUUGGGCUGGCAGGCGACAGAGCCCAGGAAACAAGACAGGGGAGCCCUCUGCGUUCCCUCCUUUUGCCAAAGAAUGCCACUGUGACAGUGUAAGAGCUGGGACAAAGAGUGUCUGCAAAUAAGUUGUUUCUGCCUCCGCAGAGUGCCAGACGGGUGGGUUCGCCACACUGGAUGAUACAGAGAGACAAUAGUAUUUAAACCUAACUUUGAUAUACUUUUCUGUGGUUGCUUGACUUGUAUGACACUAUCCUGACUGUCUUAUCACCACCCGCCUGAUGCUUUAGGAAGGUUCAAUCAAAAAUGACUAUUAGAAGAUACUACAGUACAUCAGUAUGAACGCUUCCUUCAGUCAUCUCCACAGUGGCCUCACAAAGCCAGCCCACAAUGUCACAGUGCACCACUAACUUGGUCGUCAUUGGUCCUUUCAUCCAGUUCUUGAAUUAGAAGAACUACAUCAUAAAUGUUACAUUUCUUUCUCGUGGAUCCAUCAAAAUUCGUAUUGAAGAAAGUAGGAGCUGGAAGAUUUGAAAUUCAUGUUUUUUUUUUUACCUCUGUAAAUUGGAUUUCAUUACAGUCACUGCAGCCAAGAAUAGAAAUAUAUACAGACCACGACAAAAACAAUAAAAAGAAAUAAAAAAUAUAGAUCAGAGAAUAAAAUGAAAGGUUUUAUAGGAGAGAUCUGAAACCUGAUUCCAAAAGAUUUGUUUGACAUUGCUGACACCAGUCUCUUAUCUGUCUAUUCAAUGUAUUCAACAUCAACUGCAACUUGCUACCCCUGGACAGAGCCAUGCUAGCUGCUUCCCCCUGUUUUUAGUCUUCAUGCUAAGCUACGCUAAGAUAAUCAUCUCCUGAUGUGAGCAACAUAUUCAGCUUACGCACAUGAGCGAGGUGUUAUUACCAUUUAACUCUGUGCAACAAAAAGAGAAAUUUCUGACAAUGUCGAACAAGUCCUUUGGUAACAUGCGUCAAACAUCAGAUGUUUUAGGAAUGUUGUGAGUUGUAGGCUGGCUUUGCACAACUUGAGCUUUGGCGUUACUGAACUCUACUCACAGUUCUAGGUUCAGAAAAGAAAUCUAUCCUCAACCAUUAUGGCAGUAAUGAAAACAUCUGGUAGGAACCUCUAGAUUACUGUGAUAUGUUCUCAGAACAGAUGCAGCAGAGACGUUUGAGCAUUUUAAUACAGGGAAGAAUUUGUAACAGAUAACAGAUACACUGACACAAUAUAUUUUUUUUUAGCAUCAGUAGCCUCAACAGAGGAGACUGCACCUGAGCAACCAGGGACAAACAGCCUCAUUCCACUCUUGGCUCACAAUCAUUACUGUCAGCGGUUGUUCUACACACCUAAUGUAACAUGUUCAGACAGUUUCCUCAAAAGGCAUCCUGGGAAAUGCAUGAGGUGUGGCAGGUCACAACAUCUCAGACUCGUGAUGCAUAACCGGAGUGAGCCGGGUUCCCAAGCGUCUAGUCCGUUAACCUAAUUGGCGUAGGUCAGGCAUGUGAGCAACUGGAAAGAGACCCACUUACAAAAGACCCAAACUCGUCAUGUAACCCAUGUUUUCACUGGAGUAUUACAGGGUAGAAAUACUGAUUGGGUUCAUCACUGACACCGUGUCAUGGGAAGACAAUAACCGCUUUGUUCCGAUGAAGAGCGAAAGACCUUGUCUCCGAAGGGGGGGAAGCUUUGAGAUUAGCCUAAUAAUCCUGCUGACGAAUGGAGGAGGUUGAUAGCGAUAAUUAGCCUCUUGAUAAGAGCAGGGAGAAUUAACAAUGCGUUCGGAUAUCUUCUUAAUUAAUUUCCCCCAACGUUACGUAAAUGCCACGCAUCCUCCUCACAAGGUAUUGUAGCCGCUUGCUGCAUCGGCUUCCAUCUCGGUGGAAGCCGCACACUUUUAAUGCAUAAAGUUUGUGCGAGUGUCUGUGGACGCUCACCUUUUCCUGUGCCCUUCCCCCUCAGGUGAUGUGGUAGAUAGCUGUGCUCCUUUUUUCAUUUUACUUCAUUUUACUUCCUUUCCUUUGCUUGCUUGCUCUCUGGGAGCUUUUUCUGGAGGGCAUACUGCAGAGAGUCCAUUUCCGUAACAGCCAGGUUUCUGUCCGUGGAAAAAAACCAGAAAGAAAUGGCACUCAUUCAAGGACAAUCCAUUUACUGGGGAGCGCUGGGAGGGAAUCAGAUUUGUUUUGGAUGGAAAGGGGGGCUUUAUUUUAUAUUUCUGUUGCAUAUUAACCUAUCUGUUCCAUCAACUACUGGACAUCCAAAGUAGUACUCAAUGGUAAGAGCAGGUAGAUUGUACAGUGAAGAGGCCAGCCACUUCCAAUGGUCAAAGUUCUGUAUGGCUCCACUCGAGGGGGUGAAAGGCCCGCUGUUGUUGAGAGGGGUGAGAUGUCAUUCAUUUGGGGAAAAAAAUGGAAAUAAUGGUGCACACUCUUCUUGAAAGCAUUUGUGGUGCUGUAAUUGGUUGUACUAAUUGAACACUGAUGGAAGGAGGAUAAAAGAAUCCAUUGGCAUUAAAAAUCCUUUUUAAUGUCAAGGGUUACACAGUUAGUUUGAGAGAGCUCAUACGCCGCCUACUUACCCACCUCCACACACACCUGGCACCUGCUCUGUAAAAUGGACUGGAGGUGUUGGAGUGUCUGUUUCGGAAAGACAAAAUAAUUGUAUAAAUUCUUCUUAUGACAUAGGAAAGGAUGUAAUUUGAAGCUAAGAGUAGAAUACAAAGUUUAUAGGUUAUUAAUGUUGAGAACGUGGAAGAGAUAGCAGCAGCUCCUCCAUCCUAGUUGCUUCUCCUGGACGGAUACAGCUGGUAGGAAUCACCCACAUCUCAUAUCGACCUCUGGUCCAGUCUCUCCUGCCAUCAACAGAACAUGAGCUGUGUGGAUCUUCUUCAAAGUCGGGCAAACGCUGAAGGUUUGAUUUAGCUGUUGUCUCCCUGAGCGCUUUUCCCUCCCUCAGCGCUUUUCCCUACCCGUCCUCUGCUCUCGUCCUCGCCGCCAUUUUAUAGUCGUGACAAGGGAUGAGUUAUUGACGCCUCUCUGUGUCAACACACAAAGUCACAAGAGCCAUGCUCUGAUAAUCAUUAGGGCUGUUAUUGUCAACAGAGCUGUGUGAGUAAAAAAAAAAAGGCUACACAAAGGAAAUUUGGGAUGAUUGAAAUGUCUGGCUGAUUAUUUCUGUCACAAAUACAGCGUGUGUGUCAAGUAUCCACUUCAAACCGCCCCUCAUGUCUGGUCUGGAUGUUGAAAAAGCGUUACCUGCCGUUUUCUAUCAAGGGCCCGCAGAUUGAGUCUGGCUACAUAAAAUAUUACUUGUAAUAACAGCAGUCACCAUGGAUUUCACAUUUAAGUUAUUGCCUGUAGUCAGAGUUGGGGAAAUUCUUUUAUUUCUGGAUAUCGUUUCUCGGAAGUGUUUGAUUUGAAGUGGUGAGAAACCUCACCUGCUGCCAAAUGACCUCUUCAUGCAAAUAUGGUGAAAUGCUUAAGAAUUUGAAAUGCUUUUGGUAGGACGUGACCGGGACACGUGCAUGACUGGAACGAGCAAUUCUUAGUUUUGGCUGUCAGAUUUAUGAGCAAUGACUGCCACCCAUCUGCCGCAGCUGACAACCAGCACUCCCAUAAGAAAGUCCUGAUGGGUUGUUUGCGACGCUCUGCUCUCGGAGGCGUUGCCCCAUCCGUCAUUGGAAAUCAGCGUCUCUACAACAAGCAGCCGGGGAGAAUGGAAGAGAAUUCUCUGCAGGGGGGAGCAAUAUCUGGCCACCAGCUCCACAGGGCGGCAGGGAGCAGACAUGAUUUGAUGAUCUUAAUUCAAAGCUCAGACCAUUGCCUCAAUCAGCGAAUGGCAAAUUGCCAAUACAUUGCAUGAAUAAAAGCUAAUGAGACGGCACAGUGGAGCAACCCAAGGCCGUGACCCUCAUCACGCCAAGAGGCACCAACUAGUGGCAGUUGUGUUUCGGAGCCAUUAUCAAGAAUGGGGGGGAAAAUCAUAUCGCAAGCCACUUAUUUUGUUGGCUUAGUAAAAGAGUUAGAGUGAAAAGUGUUGCCAAUUGUCAACAGCAGAUACGUUUACAUAGAUUCAACCAUAUACUUUAUGUUUAAUAGUAGCAGCAUCCAUUUGUAAAACCUGCUGUAUACUAUUUUUAGAUAAAAAUUCCAGUUAAAAAAAGAUUUGUUGACACCACAUUGAAGUGCUAAUCUAGUUCCUGCUGGAGCUAAUCACGUAAAGGUUUUACGCCCCGAAUAACUUUUUUGCCCAACACUAUUAUUUGUUGAUGUGUUCAGUAAUAUUUUGACUUGUCUGAUAACCUGUUACUGCACUUUGCCAGUUUUGGUGCUCCAUAGUCCUCCGUCUGUUUUUGGUAAAUCAGGACAUAUGGUCAAAAAACAUAGUUAUGGCUUUCGAUACUUUAACAUAUUCAACACAAUGCAGAUGCUGUGAUUUAAUUCUAGUUUAUAAAUGUAUCGGUAUGAACCAAUCAGUGCGUUUGUCACAGUGACAACCUGGUGUCGGGUGAUGCUGGCAGAAGUUAAUACUUUUCUCUGAUUACACUGAGCAGGGACAUGAGCUACUGCUGCUGUAUUGUUGCAGUUAACCGCCAACAGCAAAGCGAGCAUCACAGUGCGGUGUAAACCCAUCAGUUCUAACACGGAGAAGAUCUUGUACUGAGAAGGACUGAAUCUUGUUUCUGCACAGCCUUCUCUGUAAACAUGCCAAGCCCCGGGGUAGAUUUGUGAACCUUGAAAAAACGGAAUCUCACAGAAUCGUUUCCUUUCCUGCACUGAACCGUCACUGAACCAUUCUGAUUAUUGAAAGUAACAGAGCAUGACGUGCACGGAAACGUACCCGUUUUAGGUCUAGUUAAAGCAAUUGUUCUCCGUGGCUACUGAGAAAAAUUGUAGAACAACAAGAAGAUUGGGAAAACUCCACUGAAUACGCUCCACAUAUUAAUGAUUUUUUGUAUUGAUUAAGUCUCACCUUGUCGGCUCAGUGAAGAGUAAAUAGUGAAACGUCUAACUAGAUGCCCUGGCAUUUCACCGGCUCUCACCCGAUUGCACCUCCGCUUGCUAUUGUUCAAUUAAGUAGAUGUUACAAAUGUACCUGGUUAUCAGGCCCAUUUCAGCCGUCUCACAGGCAGCCGUCGGUGCCAGAGACUCAUUAUUGCUCUCUCUGGCUCGUAUGAAACUAAAGCACCUGUCCGGGCCUUUGUUUGGCAUUAACAGGCUGAGACCAAAUGAUCAAAUAUGACCUUUCUUUAGCUGUACAGGAAUUGCAUAUCCCAAUAGGGACGUGGACAAAAGCCAUGUCUGGAACAGGCCCCCGCAAAGUGCGAAAGCUAAUGCCCGGUCUUUCAAAGAGUGAAUAUUAUUUCUAAUUUGCUUCUGUCUGUGCAUCCAAGGUCACCAUCUGCUGUCCUCUUUUUCUGUAUCAACGAAAACUAAACGAAUCGGAGCCAUGAAAGGAUGACCAAUUUGUCUCCAAGACCACAGUGACAGGCUCUUGGCGCUCUGUUUAGAAAAUAAACAUGGAUUUUAGCUUUGAGAUUAAGUCCGAGGCCCACACACUCAACCCCCCUUCUCUCAACAGCACGCAGCAGCCCCAUGGUCGAGAUUAUUGUUCUGCGAAGCUACUGACACUCAAUUACUUCAUGAUCUUUCUGCAGAGAACCUGUUCACUCUCGAAAUGUCUGCUCCUAGUGCUGAAUGAGUGCGCUGAGUAAACAACCCUUGAGCAGACUGAUUUAUAUUUGCGUGUGCUUGACAUUGUUCACAGAUAAAAGCAAACGAUUAGUUACUACUUUUGCCUUUUAUCUUAAUCAUGUGGAAUCGUUCUACAAAUCAGGUGCAAAAGCUAGUUCUACAGCGCCUCUGGUUCAACACAACAGUAGGAACUAAAAUGUGCCCUUCAACCUUGGGUAUGUAAUUCGAAUUUAACAUAAAUUUAAAGCUAAGGUUGGUGAUAGUGGAAAAGCUAGAGCUGGGUACACUUUGAAAUAAUGCAAUGGAUACAUCUCCUCCCCUCCCAUCGACCCUCUCGCCAAAGCUAUGCCCCUGAAACACAUCCUGAAAAAUUGCUAGAAGCCGACUUGCCCAUGACUCCUUCGCCAGCAGGGUUCGUGCAGGCAGGCUGAUAUUUUGGUCGGAUGAAGUGAUGUCUAUCACAUUCCUGGGAGAGACACUGGCUUUUUUCAUUCUUUACAACACUGUCUGAGAAACAUUUUACAAAGACCUUACAUCUGUACAUCAGUAGGCUGCCUUUCACUCACCUCCAAUUAUUUUUCCCGCCUUAAAAUGCUAAGCAGUCAGCCCUCUUCAAUGUUGUCCCAUGAUGUGCUUUAUGAAUACUUGAUUAACUGGAAAUAUUUGUUUUCUGUUCUGAAAUGCUGGUGUGAUGAAACGUGGACAACUCUUAUUGUUAAGUUGUUGGGGAAAGAAUGCUGAACGUCCGAACUAAGCGGAAAAAUACGUCAUAGUUUGAGUAAAUCAACAAAAACAUCAGUAGUAACAAAUGUCCAAUGUCCACAUUGGGUUUUUAUGCCUUUGCCUAUUUACACUUAAUUCAAUGCCUACGAAAUGAAUUGACUUAAGUGUCCGCGCUGGGUCUAAUAAACACUCAGAGUCCUGAGAUUACAGCCGACACUUAACCCGAUUAAUGUCUUUUAAGGCACAGAUAUAAUUCAAGGUAAAGUAUUUGACAGCAGCUCGAGGGUUUUUAACAGUAGGUGGUCUCUUUCAGGUGCUCAUGCUGGGGCUUAACUAACUGAACUCUAAAUGAUCCAUAAUAGAAAUUUUAAAUGGUUUGGAUGGUACAAAUCCCCAUGACUCACCGGUCACAUCUCUUCCACUCACAGCAUCACAUUACUGUAAAAGGCUUUUCCUUCUGACAGCUUCCUACCAGCAAGCUGGGGGCAUAUACAAAAUUUAUAAAUGGGGGGGAAAGUGGAUAUUUAUAAAUGGCUAUCUUUUUACACACUGGAUUUAGAAAUAUUUUUCUGUAUAGAUGGCUAUGGACGCAGUCUACAUUAGGAUGAUGGAUGAUUGCUUCAUAUGAUCAAAAACAUUUUUAUAGGUUUUCACUGGAGUAUUUAAGUUGCGUGUAUGGGUGCUUCACAUGAGGCUGAUUAACUUUACAUUCCAGUUCUCUGAAUUCGACCAAAUCUGUAUCAAAAACGAUUCCUCUACAAGCCAGAGUAUUUUUGUGUAGCAGAAAAAUUCAAGAGAAUUGCCUGGUAGAGCUUGAAAUCUGUUUUAUUGUGUACAUAAUUGCAAAAUCCCAAACCUAAAUUAUGGUCAAAUGUCCCCUUGGGGCACCCAUACUGAAUUUUUAUGUGCAUAAAACUGCUUGAGGGAGAUGAGGAUUUUGUCACCACCUUCAAGUGGUGGACAAGGUCAACCUCUCCAUCUUUGUAUCUAUUUGCUUUUAAUUAUAAUUGUUCCAGAUUCAUUUCCAUGUCUUUUUUGUGUGUGUGUGUGUUUUAUUACAGCCUAGGCGAUGUGAUAACGCAAUUGUUGCAUUGCCCUGGCAGCCAUUUUUACAUCUCUCUCAGAACUGUCUCUGCUCUUUUUGAGUUGGAGUUUUGGUGGUCAUCAGGCUUUGAAAAAUUCGUUAUUGUUGCAUUUUUGUGAAAUCUCGCACUGGGCUGGGCCUAAUCAACUGUUUUUAUUGUUGUGUGUCAAGAGGAUUAUUUCUGUAUACAGUAUGUGAAAAUGUUUUUAUUUCUCUUGACUAUUAUAAUGGGUUUUAACCUGUGGAAAAAAAAAAAAACUAAGGAAAAAGCUCAAACAGAGAUGAGACCAAAUAAAAUGUAACACUCCA